GGGCCUACCUACUGGGGUCUUCUGAAUCCAGAGUGGAGUUUGUGUAACAUGGGUCGUCGCCAGUCACCUGUAGAUAUUGAUCCAUCGACAUUGUUGUUUGACCCUCAUUUAAGACCCAUCCACGUAGAGAAAAGCAGGAUCAACGGAAUAAUCACUAACACCGGACAUGGGAUCGUGUUCAAAACUAAUUCUUCGGGCAAAGCAACAGCAGUCCACAUCAACAAUGGACCUCUGUCUUACAAGUACCGUGUAAAUGAGGUACAUUUACACUUUGGGAGUAGCGAGAAAGCUGGAUCAGAACACACCGUAGCUGGGCAAACCUUCCCGGCAGAGGUGCAGAUUCUGGGAUUCAACUCUGACCUUUACGAAAACAUUUCGGAAGCAGUAACAAAGUCUCAAGGUAUAAUUGGGAUCGCCCUUCUAGUACAGGUAAGAAAUAUAUAUACUUUCCACAAAAAUCGCGAAAGGA